GACGGUCAAACAGAGCGAGGAGGCGCGCUCAGUCAGUCCAGCAGGAGAGCCGCAUAAUCAAAUCAAAGCCAGCUUUUAUCGAGUUCCUCUGGUCAUGGCUAAAGACCCGUUGGGCGAAGCUGGUCUUCAUUUCGAUGAACUCAACAAACUACGAGUCCUCGAGCCUGAUGUGAGCCACAAAACCAUUGUGCUCAAAGAGGAAUGUGAGGAGUUUGUUGACAAGAUAGGCCAGUUUCAGAAAAUUGUAGGUGGACUCAUUGAACUUGUGGAUGAGCUAGCAAAGGAAGCUGAAGCUGAAAAAAUUAGGGCCAUAGGUGCAAGGAAUGUACUGAAAUCGGUUGAAAAACAACGGGAGGCUCAGCAGCAACAGCUUCAGGCUCUGAUUGUAGAAAAGAAAAUGCAGUUGGAAAGGUAUCGAAUAGAAUAUGAAGCUCUUCAAAAAGUCGAAGCAAAGCAGAGUGAAUUCAUUGAUCAGUAUAUACUGCAGAAAUAAGAGUGCUUUAUUUCCUCUUUCUGUUAGACAAGAAAAGUGAUGCUAUGCAUCUUGAUUUACAAUGACUUCCUAAUAACUGAAGGGUCCCUAACGGUGUAAACUGAAUCAACCAGUUAAAAGUUGACAACAGACAUCUGUUCAGCCUCUGACUCUGUGGUGUUAACAGAGUGAUAUUUCAUGACCAGUUCAAGGAAGUGCAUACUUGUAA